AUGAAUGUGUUUCAUCUGCCAUAUACCCUUGCUGUAUCACAACCUCAGCCUUUUGUCGCCACGAAACUACCACGAGAGACUUGGGAAGCAGUUUUGCUCGAUGUUGACCUCGACAAAAGCUCCACUGAUACCUUUUCAGAGGACUUUACGGCCAUGCUGCUUGCAUAUCACACCCAAUCCGAGGCCCAUUCGAAUGAACUGGCAAGCACAUUCCUGGACAAACCGCUUCGGGCUAUUGGAGUGGAAUGCAAGAAUUUGGACGGGCCACACCAACAGCUAAACCAACAUAAUUCUACCUUGUAUCUCCCUGGAACAAUCGCACAACGAAUAACCCGCGCUGGAUUCAAUACCCAGCAAUUUUGGGAUACCUUUCAGCAGUCAGAAGAUAGAUGA